CCGCUGCCGCAGCGCGAGCUCUCUGGGUCGAGCUCUCUGGGUCCUGGACGCCCAGCGGUUAUCGUUCGACGGAUUCAAGCGUUGCGUCACCUCGACACGCCAGCCGAGCGGCCGCGGGCAGCCGACGAGACACGGGCAGCCUCCGAGACGAUGCGCCGCAGGCUCUGUGCCGCCGCGGCGCUCCCAGCCAUCACGGCCUACCCCUUCCCCAUCCCCGGCGGCGAGCCCGGCGUCUGGGGCGUCCACGACGGCGACGAGUGGUUCACGCGGCAUUGUCGGAAGCGCGAACUCGAGAAAUGCAAAGAGACGUAUGAACGGUGUGCCAGAGACGCCCCAGCGGGCGAGGGCUACGCGGCGCACAUGUGUACUUGUGCGGACGAGUACUACGGGGUCUGUGCGCGGAAGUCGGGGUGUUCCUCAAUACUGAUGAAGCAGUGCGUCGACGAGAUGGACAAGUGGGGCGGUUGUGAUAGCUCAGUAUGUGGGUCGAACUGCGUGAAUCGGGGCGAGGGGGCGAUUCCACCUGACGCGCAUGUGCUACCCGUGAACAAUUUUGGCGCGAAUGCUUUGAGAUUUUCUGUGUGUUUCCGACGACUGAAUGAGCGCUCCUUGAACAGGUUCGGCAUGGUCGUGUCGGAACGAUGUGCCGAAAACGAUUUCCAUUUGUGUCCCUACUGGAUCCCGCCCGAGACCUUUACCGCAAUAGCGAUCGCACAUAACGCGUCGUACCUGAAAAUGGAGUUCUGUGUGGUGGACGAUUCGGGAGCGUACGGCGACGAGGCCUACUACAACUGCCUGACGGACCCGGCGCCGCGCGAGUACUACGGGACCGAGACGCACUGGCCCACGACGGUCGACGUUGAAUUUACGAGGGCGCCGUAUUGCGGUUCGGAUUUGGACUGCCCCGGCUCGAGCUGUGAUACCAGUCAGAGACCCCCAAUCUGCGCGCCGCACGUCUCGGGCAACCUGCCGCCGGGCUUCGGGAGGAUGGCUAGGCGGGAAGGGGACGAGAGUGUGGAUUUGACGCCGGGGAAUAGGUUUGAUCCUUCUUGA